UUCUUUGGGCACCCACCCCACGGGCUUAUGGUACGAGAGUAGUUCCUCGUAUGAGCCCACAGCUAAUUUACUUUAGGUACAAAAACAAGCCCUUCUAAAUAAUUAAAAUAGCCAAAACAGAGAUCAUUACUGAGAACAAGGAAGAAUAUUAUGAGGAACUUGGAAGGUCUGCACCGGAAUAGAGUUGUCUUAACAUAGGGAUGAAAACACACACUGCUCGGUCCCCCCGCCCUGUUCGGACCCCAAUGUCCCUUGGAAUUGAGUAACAAUGGUUUUGUGAUUUAUAUGCUGUGCUUGCCAGCUCUCACCCGUGUGAUCCAGGUGCAGAGCUUAUGCAACUUUGAACUAUAAAAGAAAAUCACUUUUUCAUUAAAAUUGUCGGAGCCCUGAGCUUCGUCCCAGACACUUUGCGUGUCUGUCUCCUUCCUUGCUGCGCCGACGCCGACCCCCACUUUAGGACCCUGACACAUUUGCUGAGGCAGGACCUCGGCAAGUGGCGCCCGAACAGGGACCUGAAGUGAAGAAGAGAAGAGAGUGACGGGCCAGCUAGGAUCUCACCUUGGGUGCCCGGGACCCCUCUGUGCAGACGACGGAGAUAGAGUUGGGAUUCAGACGCCCCGAUUUGGGUUCCAGAGUGAGCCGUGCGCCAUGUCCAGCCGUCCACCAACACCAUACCUCAAAAGCUUUCCGCCACCAGGGAACGGAGCUCCGGCAUCAACAACCACCCAGCUGACCCCGGACUUUCUCAUACCGCCGAUGAAAAGGAUGAAGAUCAGGGAUGAGAAGUACCCUGGGUCCUCUCGUCGGCGUCGUCCCACCAAAGCUACCUGUGGCGGCCCAGUGCCGACUUGGGGGCAGAUCAAGGCAUUAACUAACCAGGCUGAAGAAUUAGUUAAACAUCAGAAUGGGGUAGUAACACCAUCCACCUUGUUCAUUGCAAUGUUAGCAGUAAUUUCGUGUCAGGUGAGCUUAUCUGAGGCCGCAACUUAUUGGGCCUACAUGGCAGACCCCCCUUUUUUGCAACCAGCCACUUGGGAGGAUGUCAAUAUUCCUAUUUAUAAUAAUAAUACUGCUCUGUUAGGAGGGUCUUCCUCCUCUCAUAUUCGUAUCCAAAAUAAUGAGAGCUUUUCUUUUGAGGGAGCGUCUGAUAUCCUCCCUAUGUGUUUUACUCAUGCUUCAUUACCUACCAACAAAACCGGCUGUAUUGAUCUUCAAAUUCGCCCUCGUUAUACUGAUUCUCCCAGGUUUGGCUCUAAAGUGACCUUCAGCCAAUAUCGAGAUAUGUGGAGUUUGGCUGUCCUUGCACCCGGAGUUCCCAAUUCCUUAUUUGCCACUCACACUACCACCAGUUCACCCCCGACUAAUUUCCCCCCUUGCCCUCUGGCUACUGAUAGAUAUUGGGGAAAUUACAUAGACUCUAAACAUAGUUUUCCCCCUUGGUUAACCUGUGUUUUCCCAAUUGGAGUUUCUUACAGACCUUAUGGCUCAACUGAGGAGAUUUUUGAUUGGUCUGUCCCUGCCCCCAAAAUGAUUAGUACCCCCCUUUUUCCCGGUGCUCUUAAGGGUUUGUCCUUACCACAAACUAUUAAUUCUGUGGCUUUUCAAUAUUCGUCAGGCUGGGUUGAGGGUAUUUUUACCUGGCAAAAAGCCCAAGUUCAUUUUCCGCAGAAGUCUUUGUGGCAACUCUUAGCAGCCGCAGGCCCUAUAACCUUUCAACGACCCCUUUCACCUAAAACUUCCCCUCUGCAUUUGCAUAUUUUAGCCUGUGUGCAAGCUCCGUUUGUUCUGCUUCUUGAUCCCUUGGGUGAACGGUUGAAUGUGACUCAUGAAAACAAUGUGUAUAAAAUUUCCUGUGACAAAUGUACAUUAACCAACUGCUUAAGUCAUGUAGGUGAACAGGGAACUUUUGUUAUAUUGAAACAACCCCCUUUUGUGAUGCUCCCUGUAAAACUAACCGAACCCCGGUAUGACGGCCCUGGCCUCCAGGCCUUACAAGAAGUUAAUCAUGCUCUUCAGCGCAAAAAACGCAUCAUAGGGGCCAUAAUUCUGGGAAUCACUGCUUUAAUUAGCAUUAUAGAAGCUAUUACUGCCGCCACAACUGCUUUAAUUCAGGGGAUUCACACAGCUAAUUAUGUAGAUAAUCUUUCACGAAACAUAAGCUUAGCCUUAGCUGCGCAAGAGCGCAUAGAUCAAAAGCUGGAGGCAAAGGUGAAUGCUUUAGAAGAGGCUGUAGAGACCAUAGAGAACCAGCUUUUAGAACUUAAGGUAAGAUUACUUUUACGCUGCCACAUAGAAUAUCAAUGGAUUUGCAUAACCCCAAAAGAAUAUAAUGAAUCUUUGUAUACUUGGCAACAGGUGCAAAUGCACCUUCGGGGAGUUUGGAAUAAUAGUGAUAUAAGUUUGGAUUUAUCAACCUUGCAUAAAGAAAUCCAGGAUAUCUCCCAUUCUGGCUCAGCCCUGCUACCAGCCUCUCAGGUAGCAAGUGAUUUUCUUGAGCAAUUCAAAAAAUGAAUAUCUCAAUCCUCUGUGCUUGCUGUUAUUCGGUCUUACAUAGGCUUUGCUGGCCUUGUAUUAACACUUCUUAUUGUCUUUCCCUUAGUCCUCCGCUUCAUCAUCAAAGGAGUAAAACAACUAAAUAUUGAUCUUGCUCUCAUGAAGUUAAAAAAUAAAAAAGGGGGAGAUGUCGGGAGCCAAAUCGCCACAUCCUAAACCUGAUGGCAAGGCCUCAGUUUCAACAGAAAACAUUACUGUGGAUGUGCUGCACGGCAGUGGGCGUGGCCCCUCGGCGGAUCCUGGCAAAGCCUACCACCGAUGGACUAUUGCAAUGCUGAUUCUUUUAAUCUUUGUGCUUCUGCUUUCUCUUUUUCUUUGCUAACGUUAUUAUUUGGGAUAUACUCUGGAUAAUAAUCAAAGAUAUGACAAAGUGUUGGGCACCUUCCGAUGAUUUUACCU